AUGAGUGGUACAAAUCAAAACCAACCUCCACCACAGCAGUUUAAUUUGCUUCCAAAGAUCAUUAAUGGCGGUAUAGCUGGUAUCAUCGGCGUGUCUGUCGUAUUCCCAUUGGAUUUGGUCAAAACACGACUUCAGAACCAAACGGUCGGCCCAAAUGGAGAAAAACAGUAUAAGAACAUGCUGGAUUGCUUCCGGCAGACUUACCGGGCGGAAGGUUACUUCGGUAUGUACCGAGGUUCAGCUGUGAACAUCUUACUGAUCACGCCCGAGAAGGCCAUCAAGCUAGCAGCCAACGAUAUGUUCAGAUAUCACCUAACCUUGCCUGACGGGUCGUUACCAAUAAUACGUCAGAUGGCCGCCGGUGCACUGGCUGGCGCGUGUCAGAUAGUCGUAACUACUCCAAUGGAACUGUUAAAGAUUCAGAUGCAAGACGCUGGCAGACUCGCGGCCCAAGCAAAGGCUGAGGGUAGAAAGUUUGAGCGUAUCACGGCCAUGCAACUGACGCGUAAAUUACUGGCCGAGAGGGGAAUCUUCGGUCUGUACAAGGGUAUCACAGCGACAGCGGCCAGAGACGUUUCCUUCAGUAUAGUGUAUUUCCCACUAUUCGCGACCCUAAACGACCUAGGGCCGAGGGAGAAUAAGGCGGACCCACCGCCGUUCUGGUGGUCGUUCAUAUCCGGUUGUUCAGCCGGGUCCAUAGCGGCGUUGUUUGUGAACCCGCUGGAUGUGGUCAAGACACGCAUGCAGACCAUCGCUAAAGGAAGCAAUGAGAGGCAGUACUCGUCCAUCUUGGACUGCAUCACAAAAACCUUAACCCAAGAAGGUCCGACGGCAUUCUUCAAAGGCGGCGCCUGUCGUAUGAUAGUCAUCGCGCCACUAUUCGGCAUAGCUCAAAGUAUUUACUACAUAGGCCUAGCUGAAAACUAUUUGGGAAUAAAAUAA